CCCCAAUCUUCAGAAAUUUCGGAUUCUUAUAUUUUGACAAAACGGAAAAGCAAGGCAGAGAAAAGCAAGGGAGGUAGACCAAAAAUGCCGAUUUGGGAUGAUUAUAGUGAAGGUGAAGAAGAUGGUCAUGGACAUUAUGGAGCCAAUUGUCAUUAUUGUGAUAAAGGAAGGUGGCAGCGUGGCAAGCCUUCAGUUAUGAAAGCUCAUUUGGCAUUUCACUGCAAGGGACCUGUACCAGAGGAUAUUAGAAAGAAAUGGUUAAUUGAAGUUGCUAAAAGAGGUGAAAAAGCGAAUAAUGAUAAAGAUGAUGAUGUUCCAAUUAGAAAAAAAGUCAAAACUGUCAAUCAAUCAAUUACUUCACACUAUAGACCUGUUAAUAUGUUAUCUUCUCAACAAUCUGCAGAUAUUACAAAAGCAUUGCUUAAAGCUUUUAUCCUUGAAGAAAAACCGGAUAUAUUUUCUAAUCAAGAAGUGUUUGAGAUUGCAAACGAUAUACAUGAUAAUUUUUAUACUUCUUGCAAAAGAAUCGCUUCGGUCUUUGAACCAAUUAAGCGAGUAAUUAAUUUACUUGAAAGUAAUACUGCAAGUUUGGCGGAUUGUUUCUUAGGAAUUGUCCAAAUCGCUGCUAUGCUUAAAAAAAUACCUACUAGCAAUAAUUUUCUUAACUAUUAUAAAGAUUUAUUCCAUAAAGAAGAAGAGUGCAAUGAAUUAGUAGAUCAAUUAAUUAGAUAUAAAGCAGAAGUUGAACCUUGGAAUCUUGAAUAUUCUUCUAACUUAAUUCCUUCUUUAUGCUCUGCUGAAAGUGAUAUUACAAUGGCACUUCAAAGUUUAGUUGAUCUAUCAGACCAAAUAUUCGAAGUGAAUAAUAAUCCUUCUUUUAUUGAUGAAGAAAUGAAUACG